AUGGCAUCUAAGAUACCGACAACUGCACUUACUUUGAAACAGUUUUUACAUAGGCAGAGCAUUUUGGGACUAUACAGAAAGAUGCUGAGAACAAUACGACAUGUGCCGGAUCAAACGGAUAGGAAAUACCUCCGAGACUGGGCAAGAGAUGAAUUUAGAAGGAACCGGAAUGCCACUGACCAGGAUGCCAUACGUAUGAUGAUCAUACAAGCAAAUAACCAUCUGGAGGAGCUGCAAAGAUCUCUUGCAUUGGCUGGGAACUAA